AUGCGCAGCAAAAAACCCUCCAGUAGCCUUCCACCUUUCUUCUCCUCGUUUCUUCUGCGCAGCUCUUCACUCCUCUGCGCAGCUUCACCACCGCAGGUUAACACUCACCUCUGCACCACCAGCUGAAGACAGAAAUGGCCACCAAGGUUGUCAUAGUAACGGGCGGCAACAAGGGCAUCGGUCUGGCCAUCGUCCGAGCGCUCUGCAAGCAGUACCAAGGAGACGUUUACCUGACCGCCAGAGACGUCGGUCGUGGUGAGGAAGCGGUGAAGUUUCUGUCCUCAGAGGGACUGAAGCCGAUAUUCCACCAGCUGGACAUCAACGACGUGAACAGCAUCACCACCGCUGCUGGCUUCUUUAAACAGAAGUAUGGAGGAGUGGACGUCCUCAUCAAUAAUGCCGGGAUAGCAUUCAAAGUGGCUGACACGGCUCCGUUCUCAGUCCAGGCGGAGGUCACCCUCAAGACAAACUUCUUCGCCACCAGAGACAUGCUGACUCACUUCCUGCCGCUCAUCAAAGCCGGAGGCCGUAUCGUGAACGUGUCCAGCUUCGUCAGCGCCCGCACUCUGAACCAGUGCAGCCCGGCCCUGCAGCAGCGUUUCCGCAGUGAGGACAUCACAGAGGAGGAGCUGGUGGGGCUGAUGGAGCAGUUCGUCGAGAAGGCCAAGAAGGGCGAACACAAGGACGCCGGCUGGCCUGAAACUGCGUAUGGAGUGUCCAAGACCGGACUGACGACUCUGACCAUGAUCCAAGCUCGACGUCUGUCCAAGGAGAGACCGAAGGACGGGAUCUUGUGCAACGCCUGCUGUCCAGGGUGGGUGCGCACCGACAUGGCUGGUUCAAAAGCCCCCAAAUCACCAGACGAGGGCGCCAUCACUCCGGUGUACCUGGCCCUGCUGCCGGCCGGUGCCACAGAUCCACACGGAAAGUUUGUCUCUGAUAAAGAAGUUCAGCCGUGGUGAAAGGCUUAAAAUGAUCCGUGUGAUUGUGUGAGUGUGUGUGUGAGAGAGAGAUUUUCCAAAAACAUCCAACAGCAAACGUGUUAGAAAUGUUAAAGACCUUGACUAAAACCAAAACAACUCAAACUAUCCAGGGGAACAACACUAACAUGUUGUGUAUGUUUGAAUGUGUGUGUCUGCUUCUCUCGGCAGCAAUAAUCCUGCUUGAAUUACCAUCAGUGGUGGCUAAUCAUUGAUCAAUUUUGCCUUUUGGAAGUGUAAACAUUUUUACAUCAUUCACAUAUAAAAUGUUUGUUUUUUUUAAAAAAAACUGGCCUUUGUGAGAUCAAACAUAAUUCUUUUUUCUAUAAUUCAAUGCUAAUAAAUUCAAAAUCAAGAAAA